CAAAUGGGGAAUACAAAACUACCUUUUUUUGUCACAUCCAAACAGCCCCUUCACUCGACAAAACCCUAGCACACCUAAACUCCCAUAUAAAAUCUAGCGCCACUAGAAGGGGGGAGACAGAGAGAGAGGAGAUCCAAAAUGUCGAAGCGAGGACGUGGAGGAUCGGCGGGUAACAAGUUCAGAAUGUCGCUGGGUCUUCCGGUGGCUGCGACGGUAAAUUGCGCCGAUAACACUGGUGCGAAGAACCUGUAUAUCAUUUCGGUGAAGGGGAUCAAGGGGAGGCUCAACAGGCUGCCCUCUGCCUGCGUCGGCGAUAUGGUGAUGGCCACUGUGAAGAAAGGUAAGCCAGAACUUCGUAAGAAGGUCAUGCCCGCUGUCAUUGUGCGCCAGCGCAAACCAUGGCGCCGAAAGGACGGUGUUUUCAUGUACUUCGAAGAUAAUGCAGGGGUCAUUGUGAAUCCCAAGGGUGAAAUGAAAGGUUCUGCAAUCACCGGCCCAAUUGGAAAAGAGUGUGCUGAUCUUUGGCCUAGGAUUGCAAGUGCUGCCAAUGCUAUCGUCUAGUAGUAGUUUGGGUUGAUCGGUAGUACUUGAUUUUGUUGCUUCUGUUUGGAGUCGUUAAAAUUUGAUGCUUUUGUUUAGAGAGAUGAAAACUGUUAAUUGUUACAGGAUUUUUGCAAGAGUUAGUCAGUUGUGUCUUCCUCUUAAGACAUCAAGUAUGAAACUAAUUUGGUUUUCUAUAAAUUGUGGACAUCUCUUAUUAGGCUUAAUGGUUUUGAAGUAUUGUGUUGGCUCUCUA